AUGGCUGUUGCUGAUUACAAGAGGUACCUUGCUGAGAAUGUCCUCAAUGAGCGACGCACGCUUCGGCGCAUACUACAGGUCACCUACCGGUCCUUAGGUCGAGCCCUUCGGGUUCAUAGUACCCUGGCCAAGCAGAUGCUCUUCGAUUUUCACCGUAACGAAAACAGCAAGAAGCCAAACAGCGUCAAUGCGACUUAUAUUAUUACGGGAGUUCAGAAAGCGCCCGAGACUCCUUCCACAACAAAUGGCGCUCAGGACAGCUUUGAUGGAAUUCCCCAGAGCAGUCCCUACAUUAGCAGUUCGAUGCCGAAUCAGGACGUCGCUACGGAUGAGAUCGCCAUGUCCUCGGUUGUGCUUGUGCGAGAGGAAGACUUGGAGGAUGCCAAGACGACCUUCCAAUCAGUCUCAUCGAUAUACGUCUACAGCCUUCAGCCAGCGGUACUCCAGGAUCUCAAUGUCUUGACAGAUGUCGCGAGUGAAAUGAUUGCCAAGCAUGCUCAGGAGGAUCCUCUAGAAUACGGCAAAUCUUGGGGCAUGAUCCAGGGCAACAAUGUCCGGAGAAGAACCGGGGGCCGCCCUCCCGUUCCAGCCCCCGCUCAGGCUCCAGCUCCUCCCAAGACGACCAUUCCAGCUAAGCGUCCUAUCAAGAAUGAAGAGACACCACAACUAAAGAAAGAAACUGAAGCCGAGGCUGCGAAGCCAGAGCCGACGACUAAACGCGAGGAAACACCGGCGUCUACUAAACCGACUGAGAAGACAGCUCCUCCGAAGCAAAAGGGCAGUAUAUUUAGCUCCUUUGCAAAGGCCAAGCCGAAGCAGAAAAUAGAGGAUUCAACCACGCCGGCCACUUCUGCUGCCGAAUCGGCCGAACCCAGUGGUGCUGAAGAUGUGGUUCUAGACGAUGCAUCGGACGGGGAUGAGGAACCUGAGGAGCUUUUCCGGGACUCAGGGAAGUCCGCGUCCGCCGGUACACGUGAGUCGCGGAAAGAGCGUGAAGAAAGGCUCAGAAAGAUGAUGGAAGAUGAUGACGAAGACGAAGACGAAGAAAUGCCUGACGCUGCACCCUCACCGGAAGAGUCUAAGCCUAUCGACGAGCCGCCGCGGCCGAAACAAGCUGAGCUCAAGGAAGAAGUCACGGUUAAGGGCGGUCGUCGCAGGGGCAGGCGCCAAGUCAUGAAGAAGAAGACAGUCAAGGACGAUGAGGGCUAUCUGGCAGCUGACUGGUUGGUGCUAAGUGACCGUUGA